AUGGCGACGACGGCUGCAGCCUACGGCUGCUCGGCGGCCGUGGCGCUGCCGUUUCCGGCCAGCUCCUUCGCCCGUCGCUCGCCCCCGUCCCGCGUUUCCCUCGCCUACUCCAACCCCAAACCCAGGGCAGCGCCGGCUCCGGGCCUGAGGGUUUCUUAUCGUCCUAGGAGACUGUAUGUCUCUGCGUCCUCCGAUGAGGUUGAUCCGGAUGCCUCGGCAGCGUCACCGGCGGAACCAACUUUUGAUGUAAAGCUUCCUAGAAGAAGCUUGCUUGUUCAGUUUACAUGUAAUAAAUGUGAUGCAACGACAAAACGUUUAAUAAACAGGGUGGCCUAUGAAAGAGGAACAGUUUUUCUUCAGUGUGCAGGGUGCCAGGUGUAUCACAAGUUUGUUGACAAUCUUGGUCUAAUUGUUGAGUAUGAUCUACGAGAAGAAAAUGAGGUGAACACUUGUACUGAAGACUGAAUUGUAAUGUGUUAUUAGAAGCAAUGUCAUGCAAGUUUGCUGUACAAACAUUAGGUUUUUGUUUUGAGAGCAUUGAUUAUUUGAACAUUGUCGACUGCUUAUAUUGAACAGUAUGUGUGCAUUGAAAAAGCAACAGAUAAUCAGUUCAUAACCAGG